AUGGCCCUCCUUCUAACCUGGCUCUCUCGAUGUUGCAGCCGCCUCCUUCUGCCUUCCUGGCCCCUGGCCCCUGAGGGAUCCCAAAGGUGCUGUUCCCAGAGCCCCGAGGCAAGCACGAAAGACCAGACCAGCACCACAGACAGUGGGAAGAUGAGGUCUCCCACCACGGGUCCCAGGCACACAGGUGAGCUGGCCCAGGCUGAGGAGCUGCUGGAGCAGCAGCUGGAGCUGUACCAGGCCCUGCUGGAAGGGCAAGAGGGGGCCUGGGAGGCACAGGCCCUGGUGCUCAAGAUCCAGAAGCUGAAAGAGCAGAUGAGGAGACACCGAGAGAGCCUGGGAAGAGAAACCUAA